CUUGGCGUGGAGUCGGCUGGCAUGUGAAAGGUGUGAAACCGACCACGACUAACCGCCCGUCUCUUAUAGUUUCUUUGUCUUGUGAUCGUUUCUCCUUCCCAUCUACACUCCUUGACUUCAUCUCUGUAUUUCUCCUUGCUUGCAUUGUAGUCAUGUCACGACGCUUCUCGGCUGCUGACGUUGCGUCGCAUAAGACAGCGAGCGACUUGUACAUCAUCGUUGACGAGGAUGUGUAUGAUCUGACCAAGUUUCAGGAUGAGCAUCCUGGAGGCAAGAAGAUCCUCCAACGUGUCGCAGGCAAGGACGCCUCCAAGCAGUUCUGGAAGUACCACAACGACAGCAUUCUCAAGAAGUACCAGAAGCAACUGCAGGUUGGAUCGCUAGACACCAAGGCUGCCCCUCCAGCUGCACCAGCUACUAGUGCCAAGGAGGACAAGAAGCCUACCAAAGACAUCGUGAAGCCAGAAGCUGUCUCUGGUGCCAUUGCGCCUCAGCCAACCGCAGCAGCAGCAGAGGAAUCUGAGCCAUUUGAUGCAUUUGGCGACAUUGUUCCUUAUGCCGACCCAAGUUGGUAUCAAACGUACCACUCACCGUACUACAACGAGACGCACGUCGCCCUUCGCGAAGAAAUCCGAGAAUGGGUCGAGGAAAAGCUCAUGCCGAACGUCACGGAAUGGGAAGAGGCUAAGAAGGUUCCUGAUGAGAUCUUCCGAGACCUGGGUGAACGUGGAUACCUGGCAGGCUUGCUAGGUAUGCACUACCCCACACAACUCACAGACAAGAGAGUCAAGUGCGUGCCUCCAGAGAAGUGGGAUCAUUUCCAUGAGAUGAUCGUCACAGACGAGUUGUCCCGCACAGGUAGCGGUGGUCUCGUCUGGAAUCUCCUCGGUGGAUACGGCAUUGGUGCGCCACCGCUUUUCAAGUUCGGCAAGCCUGAACUUAUCAAGCGCAUCGGACCCGGCCUACUCAAGGGCGAAACGCGCAUCUGCUUGGCCAUUACCGAGCCUGAUGCUGGUAGUGAUGUCGCCAAUCUGACGUGUGAAGCCAAGCUGUCCGAAGAUGGCAAGCACUAUAUUGUCAACGGCGAGAAGAAGUGGAUCACGAACGGAAUCUGGUCGGACUACUUUACCACCGCUGUGCGUACCGGUGGUGAAGGCAUGAACGGUGUGUCUGUGCUUCUUAUUGAGCGCGCCGCCGGUGGUGUGUCUACUCGUAGGAUGGACUGCCAGGGUGUCUGGAGCAGUGGCACCACAUACAUCACAUUCGAGGAUGUCAAGGUUCCAGUCGAGAAUUUGAUCGGUAAAGAGAACCAAGGCUUCAAGGUUGUCAUGACCAAUUUCAACCACGAACGUAUUGGUAUUAUUAUCCAAAGUCUGCGCUUUGCCCGAGUGUGUUACGAGGAGAGCGUUAAGUACGCUCACAAGCGCAAGACUUUCGGCAAGCGUCUCAUCGACCACCCCGUCAUUCGCCUCAAGCUAGCACACAUGGCGCGCCAAAUCGAAGCCUCCUACAACUGGCUCGAGAACAUGGUCUACCAGUGCCAGAAGAUGAACGAGAUGGAGGCCAUGCUCAAGCUUGGUGGUGCCAUUGCUGGUUUGAAGGCACAGAGUACCACGACCUUCGAGUUCUGUGCAAGGGAGGCAAGUCAGAUCUUCGGUGGUCUGAGUUACAGCCGUGGUGGACAGGGCGCAAAGGUCGAGAGGCUUUACAGGGACGUACGAGCGUACGCUAUUCCUGGUGGCAGCGAGGAAAUUAUGCUGGACUUGAGCAUUAGGCAGGCAUUGCGUGUGCACAAGGUUUUGGGCAUGAAGCUAUGAGAGAUCGUAAUGAAGAUCCAGAUACCGCCAGAUUAUUGUAUAAACAACUAUAGAGGCCUUCAGUUCACAGUUGAAGCGCAUCACUAUUGACG